CGAUGAAGAGAGACCUUUUCGGUUACGGAGGUUUUACCACCGGUUCCUCCUCGUCGUCCUGUUUUAUCUUGAGGAGCUAAACAAAAUGUGUAGUUUGUUUCUUUGUUAGUAGCAACAUCUACGUGUUGUAAGUUGUGCGAAGUUGCCGGUGACCUCAUUUGGAUUUCUGUUUUAUCCCCAUAAACAAGCAGCUUUGUUUUAAGUUGCGAGGGGAAAUUUUGUCGUAAACAUGGCUCCAACGAUCCAAACUCAAGCUCAACGGGAAGACGGCCACAGCAGGCCGUCUUCUCACAGAACAGUGCCAGAACGGUCAGGAAUUGUUUGCAGAGUGAAGUACUGCAACAGCUUGCCCGACAUCCCGUUUGAUCCCAAAUUCAUCACCUACCCAUUCGAUCAGCACAGGUUUGUCCAGUACAAAGCCACAUCUCUUGAGAAGCAGCAUAAACACGAGCUCCUGACUGAACCGGAUCUCGGGGUCACCAUUGACCUCAUCAAUCCAGACACCUACCGCAUCGAUCCUAACAUUCUUUUGGAUCCUGCCGAUGAAAAACUCUUGGAAGAAGACAUCCAGGCUCCAUCCAGUUCCAAAAGGUCACAACAACAUGCCAAAGUGGUGCCGUGGAUGAGAAAAACAGAAUAUAUUUCCACAGAGUUUAACAGAUAUGGCGUUUCUAACGAGAAAGUGGAAGUCAAGAUCGGAGUGUCUGUUAAACAACAGUUUACCGAAGAAGAGAUCUACAAGGACCGGGAGAGCCAGAUUUCUGCCAUUGAGAAGACGUUCGAGGAUGCACAGAAAUCGGUCACACAGCAUUACAGUAAACCCAGAGUCACUCCUGUGGAGGUCUUGCCUGUGUUCCCUGACUUUAAGAUGUGGAUCAACCCAUGCGCUCAGGUCAUCUUUGACUCUGAUCCUGCACCUAAAGACAUAUCAGGACCAGCAGGUGUGGAAAUGAUGUCUCAGGCUAUGAUCAGAGGAAUGAUGGAUGAGGAGGGAAAUCAGUUUGUGGCCUACUUCUUGCCCAACGAGGAAACGCUUCGCAAGCGGAAGAGAGACGUCGACGAGGGAGUGGAUUACAUGCCUGAGGACCUGUACGAUUACAAGAUCGCAAGGGAAUACAACUGGAACGUCAAGAACAAAGCCAGCAAAGGUUAUGAGGAGAAUUACUUCUUCAUCUUCAGAGAUGGCGACGGGGUUUACUACAACGAGCUGGAGACGAGGGUACGCCUGAGUAAGAGGAGAGCCAAGGCUGGAGCACAGUCCACUACAAACGCUGUGCUGGUGUGUAAGCACAGAGAUAUGAAUGAGAAGGAACUGGAAGCCCAGGAAGCACGUAAAGCUCAGCUGGAGAACCAUGAGCCCGAAGAUGAGGAAGAAGACAUGGACAUGGACAAAGACAUGCAAGAUUCUGGCGACGAGAAAGAAAAGGGCAGCGGCAGCGAGGCAGAGAACUCUGGCAGCGAAUCCGAGAGGGAAGAGGAAGACCAGGAGCAGAGCGACGAAGAGGACGAGGACCGGGGUAAGAGGCGGAGGAAGGCCAGCGGCAGCGGGAGCGAGAGCGGCGAGGAGAGGACCCGGGAGAUGCGAGACGAGGUGGAGAUCUUCGGCAGCGACGACGAUAGCGACGACAACGAGCCCAAGAACUCGGCCAGGAGCAGCGGUGAGGAGGGCAGCGGCAGCGAGGAUGAGGCAGAGAACAGGCGAAGCCGCAGCGCCUCCCCAGCACGCAGCGACCACAGCAGCGACCGCUCGGAGACCCACGCUCCAAGCGGAAGCGAGAGGGGAUCGGACUCCUCUGAGGCCAGCGACAGCGAAUAAGACCCUCAGUCUGCUUGAGCUUCUCGUUCGACUCCAGAACUUGACCUUCCCACCCUGCCGGCGAGCCAAAAGCAUCGUCGAUGUCCAUGGCUACUUCAUGCACUCUUUACAUUUGAACUCGAGCCGUCUCCUUUUAGUCUAGAUUUUAUUUGUAGAUUUAGAUCGCACAGUAGUAGCUGGAUUUUGUUUUCACCACUAAUCUCUUCAAGAUUGUGUGUAAGAUCAUGUAAAAAUUAUCUUUGUUCUCUUUAUGUAUAACUUACUAUACUGAUACUGCUUUUGAAAUGGAUAAUAAAUCACUGGUUACAUUUUGGUCAUAAA